AUGUUGAGAACAACCCCGGACGUGGUGUAUCAGUCACAACAUUAUUGCGACGCGUUCGACGACCCUUUCGCUAGUCUUCAGUGGUAUGACGACAGUGGUUACGGUUACGCGGCCCCUGCGGAUGAAAAGUCGACGACUGACCGUCGGUUGACGGCGAUGUCAGCGAGCGGUGGUAGCGAUAGCAGUUUUGGCGGUGGCAGUAGCGAUAAGAGUUUCGGAGGCGGCAACGGUGCAAAGGUCGACUCGGCGGGCAGCAGGAAGCGCCGGCGGUUGGCGGCAAACGCUCGCGAGAGGCGCCGCAUGAACGGCUUGAACGAAGCGUUCGACCGGCUCCGGGGCGUCGUGCCGGCCGCCGACGACGAGCGCAAGCUGUCCAAAUACGAAACGCUUCAGAUGGCCCAGACGUACAUCGUGGCCCUGCACGAACAGCUUGGCAUGACGCCCUCGGUGGCCGACGGCGGUCGUCCGGCCACGGCCAAUCCCUCGUCCACGGUGGCGGCCGCGCGAACGUGUUACUCCAAUUUCGGCGUCCCGAUGCUGUGGCCGCAGCAACGGCAGUUAUAG